GGCGGACAGACAGUAGGGGAGGAGGAGGAAGAAGAGGAGGAGACCCGUUUGAAUGGACCAGGGACACAGAAGAGCACCUGUUACCUAACCAGAUCCAGAGAGAACAACAUCAGUCAGGAUUAGAUCCUCGUCUGUGCUACCAUGUGGGUGCCCUCUUCUGCUGUGCUGCCACUGCUGAUAGUGGUGGCAGCUGGGGUGUACUACAUCUACAACGAGGUCCUGAGGUUCAUGUCCAAGUCCCUGGUGCGAAACAAAGUGGUGGUGAUCACAGAUGCUGUGUCUGGUUUGGGCUCAGCAUGUGCUCAGCUAUUCCACAAGGGCGGAGCCAGACUCAUCCUGUGCGGGACAAGUUGGGACAAACUGGAGUCCUUGUUCGAGUCUCUGACCAGUGAAUCCGACCCAAAAGAGACGUUUUCCCCCAAACUGGUGCUCCUGGACUUCAGUGACAUGGACAGCAUGGAGGACGUGGUGGCUGAGGUGUUAGAGUGUUAUGGCUGCGUGGACGUGCUGAUCUGUAACAGCAGCGUGAAGCUGAAGGCACCGGUGCAGAACAUCUCUCUGGAACUGGACAGAAACAUCAUGGACAUCAACUACUUUGGUCCGAGUUCACUGGCCAAAGGUGUUCUUCCAUCAAUGAUCUCCAGGAGGACUGGCCACAUCAUCCUGGUGAACAGCAUCCAGGGCCGACUGGCUGUUCCCUUCAGAAGUUCAUAUGCCGCAUCCAAGCAUGCAGCCCAGGCCUUCUUCGACUGUCUGCGAUCUGAAGUGGAGGAGUACGGCAUCAUCGUCAGCACCAUCAGCCAUACCUUCAUCAAUGCCUCCGAGCCCCCCCCAGUGGAGGAGUCUGAGCCUCAGCAGAACGCUCUGGCUGCCUACAUCAGCAGCCAGUUGACCCACGGCGUAAGUCCGUCAGUCCUGGCCAAUGAGAUCGUCCAGGCGGUGAACAGGAAGAGGAGGGAGGUGGUGCUGGCCCACCCUAUCCCCAGAGUGGCCCUUUACCUCCGCUCCCUGUUUCCUGCCAGUCUCUUUGCGGUGCUGUCUGCAGGAGUGAAGGACUCUGUGUUGGCUGAGAUGUAAGAAAAAGAAGAAGAAGAAGAAGAAGAAGAAGAAGAAGAAGAAGAAGAAGAAGAAGAAGAAGAAGAAGAAGAAGAAGAAGAGAAUCAGCGAAACAUCAAGGAAGUGUGAGAUGUUUGGAGAUGUUGAAGCUGUGAUGGUUACAGAUCAUCAGGACAGAAGACACAGUCUAGACCCUCUGAACAGCUUGACCUACAGUUCAGGGUGAAAAGACUAAAGAUAAGUUCAGUGAAUAUUAGUGGACAACUACUGUCACAGUGAUGUGACGUGAACCACCAAGAUGUUUUUAUUCAGAGAAAAAACACUAACUUAAGAUUUAUGUAGAAAAAAUAAAAUAAAAUAAUUAAAACUUAACACUGUAGAAAAAUGUACUACUUAAGAUAUUGAUAACAAUAAUAAUAACAAUAAUAAUACAUUUAAAUAUUUUAAUAUAAUUGUUUAAAUUGUUUUAAUUAAUAAAACAUGUUUGUGGCUAACUCGUACUGAUAAAGUGUAAACUAUUAGAAUAUAGCAGUAAGAAAUAAAGGUGCAGUUACAUUUUGUUACUAUUUUACUUUAUAUUUUAUUUUUGGUUUAAUUUAACCAAAAAGCAUGUCUUUAUUUCUUCUAAUAUUACGGGGGUGAGAGGCGAAUUAUACAAAGACGUUUUGAAUGUUCUCUGUGGAUGUGUUUCUCUAUUUGUCCGCUAGAUGGCAGCAGCUGCAUACAGUUACUAGUUCACUGUCGCGCUCACUCAGAACUCCUUGAUUAGGUUCCGUUAACUCAUGCCAAAGAGUUCUGGUGUUUUGUCUGCUAACAGUAAAUUCACUGUUCCGUCAAAGUAUUGGUUGUUAAACCUGGUUGUUUCCACUUUCGCUCAUUUGUCCUGAGAAUCUCUGUGAACUGAACUACAUUUAAAACACGAAAGA